AUGAAGGAUAAACUGUUUGGCGCGUUUGGAUAUGAAAUGCUUAGAUAUUUCUUUCUUUCUUUCUUUCUUUCUUUCUUUCUUUCAAUUUCUGUCAUCAUAUUCAUUCUUUCUUUCUGUCUUUCUGUCUUUCUUUCUUUCUUUCUUUCUUUCUUUCUUUAUACUAUCAUUUGUUUCUCCUCUUCAGGUCUCUUAAUCUUCGUUCUUUCUUUCUUUCUUUCUUUCUUUCUUUCUUUCAAUUUCUCUCAUCAUAUUCAUUCUUUCUUUCUUUCUUUCUUUCUACUUAUCAUUUGUUUCUCCUCUUCAGGUCUCUUAAUCUUCUUCGUUCUUUCUUUCUUUCUUUCUUUCUUUCUUUCUUUCUUUCUUUCUUUCUUUCAAUUUCUCUCAUCAUAUUCAUUCUUUCUUUCUUUUUUUCUUUCUUUCUUUCUUUCUUUCUUUCUUUCUACUUAUCAUUUGUUUCUCCUCUUCAGGUCUCUUAAUCUUCUUCGUUCUUUCUUUCGUUCAUUCUUCUUUCUUUCUUUUAUUCUUUUACCAUGUCUUUCCUGCUUUCUUCUCAUUUAUCAAUUCUUUCUCCUCUUCGGGUCUCGUACUCCCUUUCUUUCUUUCAUUCUUUCUUUCUUUCUUUUACGGUCUAUUUCCUUCCUUUCUUCUUUCUUUCUUUCUUUCUUUCUUAUCAUUUAUUUAUUUUUUAUUUAUUUAUUUCUAUCUUUCUUUCCAUAUCUAUCUUUAGUUCUUACUUUCUUUUCAUUCACUGUUUUUCUUUUUUUUUCUUCCUUUCUUUUUCUAUUACUAUGUCUUUAUUUCUUUCCUUCUUUAUUUUCCUUCAUACUUUCUUUCUUCCUUUUGUUCUUUCUUUCUUUUCUUUUCUUUUUAUUCUCUUUUACUUUCUUUCUUUCUUUUUCAUCUACCGUCUCUUUCUUCUCUUCGUGGCUCCUACUCUCCGUCUUUCUUUUUUCUUUACGUCUUCCCUUCCGUCUUUCUUUCUUUUACUAUGUCUACCCUUCUUUUUCUCUUUUCAUUUGCCAUUUUUUUCUCUACUUUCGGUCGCUUGAUUUCUUUUUUUCUUUCUUUUUCAUUUAUCAUGACUUUACUUCUUUCUUUCGAUCAUAUAUUUAUAAUUUCAUUCUUAUCUUCGUUCUUUUCUUUUCUUUUGCCAUUCUUUCUUUCUUCCUUUCGCCCUUUCUUUCUUUUGUCCUUUCUUUCUUUUGUCCUUUCUUUCUUUCUUCCUUUCGCCCUUUCUUUCUUUUGUCCUUUCUUUCUUUCUUCCUUUCGUCCUUUCUUUCUUUUGUCCUUUCUUUCUUUCUUUCUUUCUUUCUUUCUUUCUUUUUUUUUUGUCCUUUCUUUCUUACUUUCUUCCUUUCGUCCUUUCGUCCUUUCUUUUGUCCUUUCUUUCUUUCUUUUUUUUUUUUUUUCGUCCUUUCGUCCUUUCUUUCUUUGUCCUCUCUUUCUUUCUUCCUUUCGUCCUUUCUUUCUUUUGUCCUUUCUUUCUUUCUUUCUUCUUUCUUUCUUUCUUUUGUCCUUUCUUUCUUUCUUUCUUCCUUUCGUCCUUUCGUCCUUUCUUUCUUUUUUUUUCUUUCGUCCUUUCUUUCUUUCUUUCUUUCUUUCUUUCUUUCUUUCUUUCUUUCUUUCUUUUGUCCUUCCUUUCUUCAUUUCGUUCUUUCUUUCUUUCUUUCUUUCUUUCUUUCUUUCUUCUUUCUUUCUUUCUUUCUUUUUUCUUUCGUCCUUUCGUCCUUUCUUUUUUUGUCCUUUCUUUCUUUCUUCCUUUCGUCCUUUCUUUCUUUUGUUCUUUCUUUCUUUCUUUCGUCCUUUCGUCCUUUCUUUCUUUUGUCCUUUCUUUCUUUCUUUCUUUCUUUCUUUAUUCUCCCUCCAUUUCACCCUUUCUUUCUUUCAUUUUUCGUUUUUUAUUCUCUCCCCCUUUCUUCCCUUUCAUUUAUCAUUUCUUACUUCCUUUUUUCAUUUACAAUUUAUUUAUUUAUUUCUUUCUUUCUUUCUUUCUUUCUUUCUUUCUUUCUUUCUUUACAUUCGUCGGCGGCGCGAACUACAUUGCUUUCCCACGGAGUAACAUUCUUAAGUACUAAACUAUCUAUCAUUCUAUUCAUAUCUAUCUAUCUAUCUAUCUAUCUAUCUAUCUAUCUAUCUAUCUAUCUGCCUGUCUAUCUAUCUAUUUAUCUAUCUCAUUCUGUUCAUAUCUAUCUAUCUAUCUAUCUAUCUAAUUCAUUUCUUUUGUUUCUAUCUUUAGCAAUCUCUUCGUAUCUAUCUAUCUAUCACUGUCUGUUCAUUAUCUAUCUAUCUAUCUAUCUAUCUCAUUCUGUUUAUAUCUAUCUAUCUAUGUCAUUCUGUUCAUAUCGAUCUAUCUCAUUCUGUUCAUAUUUAUCUAUCUCAUUCUAUUCAUAUCUAUCUAUCUAUCUAUCUAUCUAUCUAUCUAUCUAUCUCAUUCUGUUCAUAUCUAUCUAUCUAUCUAUCUAA